GAAGAGAACCCGUUACAAUUGAAGCAGAUCGCUGCCCAUCUUCCGGGAAGUACAAGCUCAGAGACAACCUUCCGGACUAUCAAGGGUUGGCUCAAUGAAUGCACCUCAAGUCACAAGUAUUGUCCCAAAAAUGGCAAGCAAGGGCACGAGCAACAGGCUUCACCCAAGAGACUCCUCAAGAUCAGCAAAGAUCAAGUCGUUCUGUGGGAGAAUGUUGGGCAGCAGCCGUAUGCAUGCCUGAGCUAUUGUUGGGGUGAGAGUGCCCACAUUACCAAAACCACCAAAGAGACCAUCGGAGACCACCAGAGAGACAUACCUUGGAAUCAACUUAAUGCAACAUUUCAGGAUGCCAUCACAGUCUGUCGUCGCCUAGAUAUCUCAUAUCUUUGGGUCGAUGCACUGUGCAUCAUACAGGAUUCUGAAGCAGACUGGACAGAACAGGCUGCGCAAAUGGCUAGUAUUUAUGCAAAUGCAUAUUUCACAAUCGCAGCAACAAAUUCCGGCGACGCAUCUGGUGGCUGUUUCAGGAAUACAAGCGACAAAUAUGUGUCAAAACUCUUGCCAGGGUACAAAGAUACAUAUGUUCGUCAUAAACUUCCCAAAUUCCCAUACAUGUCAAAUGAGCAUGAAAUAGGGAAUAGCCCAGAAUGGCCGCUUUUGAGUCGUGGAUGGGCCUAUCAGGAAAUACGACUCUCACCACGUGUACUGCACUUCUGUGCCGAGGAAGUGGUCUGGGUCUGCCGAGAUUAUCAGAAAAGUGAAAGCAUGGACAACGAUGAAACUUUCACCUACGACGAUGAGUGGACCAAGACGGGCUACCCCUAUACUCCAUAUGGCAUCCUUGAGAAACACCCACGGUACCUGUGGUAUCGAACCGUGAAAGAAUAUUCACGGCUUCGACUCAGUAGGGGGGAUGACAAGAUGGCUGCCCUAUCUGGGCUAGCCAAACAAAUGCAAGAUUUACGACUCGGCGAUCGAUACUUGGUGGGCUUGUGGGAGAAGACUCUCCUACUCGAUCUUCUCUGGAACGUGGAGGGCUAUCACAGCGCUCCUAAAUCACGGAUCGCCCGCUAUCCGACCUGGUCAUGGGCUUCAUCACCUUACCAAGUCGAAUGGGAGUCGGGAGUCCAGGGACUCAACAUACCCCUGGACUGUACGCGAGUCGAGGACAUCAAAGUCACGAACCGAGGUCCAAGCCAUAUGGCCGACUGCGUGGAGGCAAAAAUCACAUUAAUGGCUCCUCUUCUGGACGCAAGCUCUUUGCUCACCGCUUAUCAAGCUCGAGAAGUCGCAUCCCUUGGAUCAGGCAGUACCGCACGUCCUCAGCCAUUCGAUCACUUGUAUCCUGAACCGUACGACGCCGUCAUUACAAAUCUUGAUCACUUGUAUGUUUCUUUGUACAAAUCGGACGGCGGAUCUUUUAUCCGGGACAUCACUUCUGCAGGACUAUCUGGCUGCCUCAUACCUCUCGCCGCGGGCUACGAGUUUUCGUCCGAUAUCGAUGCUAUCCAUGUCCAAAAAGAACACAGCAGCGGUUGUUACAGGCGAGUUGGUCGUGCCACCUUAAGUCAUGCAGUAACAACUUCGUAUAAACAGUGGUAUGAGUUCAGGAACAGGUACCAAGAAAACAAGUCCACUGUAAGAAGGCUGAUAGAUUAUCUGCCAACGCAGAGAAUUACGUUAAUCUAG